UGCUAAAAUGAUGCUUCUGUAAUAUUUUUUAAUUAAAUCACAAAAGGUGAUUAAAAAUAAUUGUAAAAGCAUUAAAAAUCAUUUUAAUAAUGAAGGGAAAAUUGUGAUAAAUUACUUAUAUUAAGUAUAUAGUGAAAUUUUUUUAUAUAAAAAUAAUAACAAGAUGGAUAAUAUCGAAUUGUUAUUUUUUGACACCUUCUCUCAUGACAUUUCGGAAGAAUUAAAUUUAGAUUUAGUUCAAUUUCCAAAGCCAGUUUAUAUAAGUGAGGUUAGAAUUAUUCCAUUAGGUGCUCGUGUUCAAGCCGAUUUUCCCGGUGGCGUACGUCUCGGAGCAACGAAUCCAUCACAAUUUGAAAUCGAAUUUUUUGUGAAUGAUUUGAGUAAACCGGGAGCAUCGACCUUUGAAUCUUUAGGUGGCUUAGAAUAUAAACAAAAUAUUCACAUACAAUUGGAAUGCGAACGAAAACAAAUUCCCACUGAUGGAUUAGUUCUUCGCGGUUGGUACACGACAAUAACAUUAGCUGUUUAUGGAAGUUUGACAAAGUCAAUAAGCAAUCCCCAGGAAGUACCAAGUGCUCCUCCAACUGCCACUGUCACCGUGGGAACUCCCGAGGAAAAUUCAGUCAAGGAACCAACAAUCCAACCCAAGGAACCCGAAGCUGAAUGGUUUUAUGAGAAUCAAACACAAAAUAAUUCAACAGAAUCGGCUGCAGUUGCAACACCACCGCCUCCAGCGCCUGUUGUAAUUCCACCGGAACCAAAAAAAGCCCCAGUUGAACCUCCACAAAAACCAGAAUCAUGGAAAGAAGAAGAAACAUUACACAAAAAACGACCAAUAUCACCGCCUUCCGAAUCAUUGAUAUCAUUGAGUCCAGAAUCAAUUUCCGCCGAAGAAGAAGACGGUGAUCAUGAGGCAAAAGAAUCAGGAGCCGUCGAACCAUACGAACCAAUUCUCUCCGAUGAAGAGAUGAUCGAUGAUAUUCCCUCUGCAAUUGACUACGAGGCCGAAAGUCAAGCUCUCGAUAUUCUUCUUCUUCAUCCACCGAAUCUUCUUGAUAUUGAAAAAAUUCCCCUCACAUUCAUUGAGGAACAAAAAUUGGAUAAUCGAGCCAUAGAUAAAUUACGCGAAACAAUUGUUUCCCUAUCAAAAUCAGUUGGUAAUUUUAUCUCAGCAUCAGGACAAGAAAAAGAAACAUUUGUUCACAAUUGUGAAACACUCUGUUUAACAUUAAAUUCCUUUACAUUAACAACCGAAGAUUUUCAAAAUCUCACUGAUAUUUGUUCCGCUGGUCUCGAUAUUGAAUUAGCAAGAUCACAACCACAACCAGCUUAUAAAGUACGUCACAUUAAAGUUGGUGUUCGUUUAACAGAAUCAUUAUGUCGAUUAACAGAGGGGCCGAAUAUUUUAUUAAAAAUUAAUGUACCACAUAAACUUCUCACAUUGUGUAUGCGUGAAAAUGUUGCACUUUCAGUGAAAUUAUCCGCAAUUCGUGCACUCGAUGCAGCACUAAUUAGUCCUAAAAUUGUUGAACAAUUUCUUAAAAUUGAUAACGAUUUAUAUAAACUAUCAUUAAUGAUGUUGGACGAGGCAAAACUUGUACGUCUCAAAUAUGCCCUAAGUUCUCUAUUAAGAAAAAUUCACGUCUAUGAAUUAUUGUCCGAAUUAAAAGAAUUAAAUGAAAAUAUAAAAAAAGAGGACAAUGAUCAAAAAAGCGAAACAAAAAUAAGUGAAAACAAUAAAACAGAGAUAAUAAUAAUUGAAUUAAAAAAUAGUUACGAAUACGCGCCAACUUUAAUGUCACAGCCAAAACGUCAACUUCCAGCAAGUGCACAAAUGGAAUUUGAAAGAGAACAAAAUCGAAAUCCAAGAAAACAUUUAAUAAUCUAUUAUGCUCAUCAUCAAUUAUUGGAGAGACUUUUAAUAUUUCUUUGUUCAUCGGAUUCUAAUCAGGAAUUAAUAAGAGUGACAAGAGAAUUUCUACUCUGUAUGUCAGAGAGUAAAGAGGGAUUAAUUUAUAUGUUAAAAGAGCCAAAAGUUGCGCAAUCAUUGUUAAAAAUUUUUAAAUACAAUCAAAAUGGAAUUGGCGAGGAACUUGCUUGGCGUUUUCAAGUUGUUCAAUGUUUAAUGAAUAUGACUUGUCGAAAAAAUGACGAUUGGAAUUCAUUACGUAAACUUCAUUCACUUCUUACAUUCCCCCAAGGAUUACAAGCAAUUAUUCACAUUAUUCCAAUGGACAAUUUUAUUGAUAUUUUAAUUCCAUUUCUAAGCGAUGAACAUCUUUAUGAAUUUGCAAGUGAAAUUAUUUCAGCUGUCAUUCGAUAUUCAGAACGUGUUGAAAUUAUUCAUCAUCGAGCUAAGGAAUUAAUUGAAAAGACGAGAAAUCCCGUUUUAAGAGAUGUUAUGCCCUAUUUGUCUAUUGCCGCACAAGCUUCGAGCUGGAACUAUGGAGAUGUUUCUUCACUAAUUUCAAUAAUUAGAAAAAAUUCCGAGAAAGCUGCAUCUCUACCUGGAGAUUUGAUCACUGCCUUAAGAAUUUUGCACUAUUUGGUAUUUCCAUCGUCAAAUGAUGUUGAUCCAAUGGAACCGUAUAUUGAAUUAAAGCAUAGAAAUGCAUUGACACAACUUUUUGCCGCCGAUGGUCUCAGUGCAUUGGUAUCCGUGAUGUCGAACAUUGCCGAUUUUUAUGAACAGCCAUUUCUUCAUCGUGCAACACUAACCGGAAAAAGAUGUUUAGGAUUGAUAUCUCUAUUAAUGCCAACAGUUAAACUCACCCGUGCAUUACUCGAACGUCUUGUUAAGUGUAUGGGAACUGAUUUUAAAGAUUUAACAGCAGUCGUUCCACUUCUUGGCGUUUAUUCUCUAAUUGAAGCAAUACCAUCAACUCAAACAAUUCGUAAUCUCUCCUCAGAAAUUGUUGCAACACUUCUUAUAUUCACACGUGCCGUUGAUUCAGAUGGUUCGGGUAAUGUUGCAAAAUCACUUUGGACACAAAUGCUUGGCGAAGUAUUAAAAAUGUUAUCAUUAAGUCCAUCGAAUUUUAUUCCUGGAUUAAAAUUAUUAACACGAUUAUUGCCAUCAAUUUUAACAGCAAAAGAAACAUCAUCCGAUGAUAAACCAAGAAUUCUUGGUUUUCGAAAAUUAUGGUCCGCUCAUCUUCAAGCGCAAGCAAAUAAUCUUAUUGAUACAUUAAGAUUAUUGUGCUCAAGUUGGAAUCAAGAAUUAUUAAUUCUUGUUUCAAAAGUUUGUAAACAAUUGAGCGAUUUAGCAGCACCAACUGCAUUACUCGUUGGUAGAUGUUUACUCGAUGGUAUUUUAACUGCAAAUCCCCUUGAGAAUAAUUUACCAAUUCUUGGACUAUUGGCAAAUUUAUCUCAACAUGCGCCAAUGAAAGCAACACUUCUCACAUUAAUGAAUCCAGCAUCACGUGCACAAGUUAAAUCCGAUCAAAAAUAUCCCCCUGUCAUUGAAAUGAUGUGCUCUUCACUAAAGAAUGCCACCGAUAAUCGUGUUCAACUUGAGAUAUUAAAAAUUUUCGAAACUCUCUGCGAUUCAACUAUUAAUUUUGUCGAAGAAGACACUAAAGAAUCAUUUGAAAAUGUUCUCACACACUCUGUACCAAGUAAAGAGCCAUUGCUCGUUAUUCUUGCACCAUUAAUUGAAAUUUUAGCAAGUGCCUCGAAAUAUCAUUUAAAUAUCGUUAAAAGUGCUCUAAAUAUUCUCAUUUCAUUAACAAAUCACAAUUAUGGUCUCUAUCAUGUAAAAAGUUGUUUAGAAAAUAAUCCCGAAGCAUUGAGAUCAUUAUUAGAAUAUAUUGCAACUAAAAGUGAAAUACAAACUGAAAUACAAACCGAUGAAACGGAGGAAAAAGAAGAAAAUACAAAAAUUAAAGAAGAAAAAGAAGAACAAGAAUCCGAUAAAGAGAAAUUAGAAAAAGAAAGUGAAAAAUUGAAAGAAACUGAAAAGAAUAAUGAAAAUGAACAAUGUGAAAAAGAAGAAAUAAAUUCCCUCUCUGAAUUGACGGUAAAUUUUUUGGAAAAUUUAAUCAAUUCUAAAUCAACAAAACGAACAUUAUGUCUACGUGUACAACAACUUUCAUCUCUAGUCACGUGGGAUAAUAAAAAUAAUGGACAUCCAUUGGAAAAAAUUCGUGGUACAAAAGAAUUAAUUGAUGGAUUAAAAUCAUUGGAUGAGAAAGAUGAUAAGGAACCAUUGCCAGAAAUGUUGGAACCAUUAUUACCAGCGCCAGAAGCAUUAUUAAAUCAAUUUUCCCAACGUUCAAUAGGAAUUAAUGAUUUUAAUGAAAAAUCAAAAAAAAUUCCUGUUAUUGAAACAAUUACUGGACAAAAUGAAAUUACAAUUGAUUUACUUGCAUUAGCCGCUGAAUUUUUGCCAGCUGAUUUUAAUCUUCUCACGGAAACACAAAGAUUGUGUGCAAAAGCACCACCUGAUGAUGCAACUCAUCUCAAGAGUCAAGCUGAUGAGACAAGAGAAAAUCAAAAUAAACAAAAUAAUACUCCAAUUCCAAAGAUAAAACAACCUUUUGUGUCGCACAUGAGGGGACGAACACAAUUCGCAAAUUCAAUGAGGGGAAAUCCAGUUGGAAGUGGUGCUGGCAGAGGUGUUGAUCCAUUUAGAUCGAGACCACCAAACACUUCGAGACCACCUUCAUUGCAUGUCGAUGAUUUUGUUGCAUUGGAAACAUGCGGUGCACAACCAACUGGACCAACAGGUUACAAUAAGCUCAGUAUUCGUGGUACCGGCUCUCAACGUGGUGUCAUGUCUGGAUCACGUGGUCGACCCUGGGUUCCUGAACCUCGACCUUAUCUUCGAUAAUAAUUUAUUUAUUUUUUUUUUUUUUGACAAUGAAAUUAAAAUUAAAAAACUGCUCUUAAAAAAAAAGCAAAGAGCAUGUUUCAAAUUGUUUAACGAAUUGUGUAUAUUUGUAGAUUUGUUACAACUGUUGUGAAAUAUAAUAGAAUUGAAAAUUA